AUGGCCAUCAGCCACAGCAGCUCAAGCCAUCCCGAUUGGGCGGCGCCGCAAAUCUACCAGAGAGAUCUCGGCAGCGGCAUCGUGCCUGGAGGUGCAACUCACCUAACAGAGUCGACGGUGAUCACGACGACGACUGCCAUGGCUCAGCCGGCUAGCGAGCCCCGCACGGGGAGAGCAGCGCGGAGAAGGUCGAGGGCAUCGAGAAAGGCCCCAACAACGAUCCUCAACACGGACGCCUCCAAUUUCCGCGCCAUGGUGCAGCAGUUCACCGGCGUCCCGACGAGACCCCUUGCGCCAGACUAUCCUUCCCUCCUGGCGAGGGAGACGACACUCAGCUUCAGUGGGUACCCCGGAGGCCCCGAUCAGAUCCAUCACCAGGUGGGAGCUUACCCUUUCGAUGUACAGCAGCAGCAGUACAACCAAUUCCAGCAGCAGUAUGGCGGCGGGUAUCAGCAAGGAAUUGGUGGAGCGCCCCAGAUGGAAGGGGGUUGGGGGAGUCGGUAG